GCUCCGUCCACAAGGUUAAAAACACACAAUGGCAGAGCCAAAGAAGAUCUGUGUGAUCGGCUCUGGUAAUUGACACGUGACCUUUCUCCGGGUAUCACCGAGCCCCCCCAGCUGCUGUCUCUGAAGCCACGUGGUGUCUCCGCGUCCACAGGGGCUCGGCCAUCGCCAAGAUCGUGGGCGCCAACGCAGCCAAGUACGACAAGUUCGACACCACGGUGAACAUGUGGGUGUUCGAGGAGACGGUGAACGGACGCAAACUCACAGAAAUGAUCAACACGGAUCACGAAAACGUGAAAUACCUGCCGGGCCACAAGCUGCCCCCCAACGUGCUGGCCGUUCCGGACCUGGCGGAGUCCGUGAAGGGAGCCGACAUCCUGAUCUUCGUGGUGCCUCACCAGUUCAUUGUGAGGGUGUGUGACACCAUCAAAGACCACAUCAAGAAGGAUGCUGUCGGGAUGUCCCUCAUUAAGGGUGUGGAUGCGAGUCCAGAAGGUCUGAAGCUGAUCUCCGCGGUCAUCCGAGAGAAGCUGGGCAUCACUGUGACCGUCCUCAUGGGGGCCAACAUCGCCAACGAGGUCGCUGAGGAGAAGUUCUGUGAAACAACAAUCGGGUGCAAAGACAAAGCUUUGGGGCCCAUGCUGAAGGACCUGAUGCAGACCAACAACUUCCGUGUGACGGUGGUGGAGGAGUCCGACGUGGUGGAGAUCUGUGGGGCCCUCAAGAACAUCGUGGCGGUGGGAGCGGGCUUCUGCGACGGGCUCGGCUUCGGCGACAACACCAAGGCGGCGGUGAUCCGCCUCGGCCUGAUGGAGAUGAUCGCCUUCGCCAGGUUCUUCUGCACGGACUGCCAGGUCUGCCCCGCCACCUUCCUGGAGAGCUGCGGCAUCGCGGACCUCAUCACCACCUGCUACGGCGGCCGCAACCGCAAGGUCGGCGAGGCCUUCGCCAAAACAGGCAAAAGCAUCGAGCAGUUAGAGAAGGAGAUGCUGAACGGCCAGAAGCUUCAAGGUCCGGCGACCGCGUCCGAGGUCCAUCUCAUCCUCCAGCACAAAAACAUGGUGGACAAGUUCCCACUCUUCACUGCCGUUCACCGGAUCUGCCUCGACGGACACUCGGUCACAGAUUUCAUCCGGUGUUUGCAGAACCACCCGGAGCACAUGUGAGGGACCAGCAGACCGUGGAGCUUUUUACGUUCUGCCCUUCGUGACAAAACCCACCGACGCGAUGCGUUUGGAUCAGAAACACACGCCGCAAAGUGUCUUAAAAGUUUGUUCCAGUUUACCCUCUUUUAUGGAACUACUUGGUAAAAAGCAAACCCUGAAGGAAGCUCCAACUUGUGUUGUUUCUGUUCUUUCUGCAUUCAGGAUGAAUUCAUGAAUAAAUCAUUGAGCUCAGUGAC